UUAGGGAGGGGCUGUUCUGGGAGUCAGCCAUGUGGUUAAAAUUGUGCGCUGUGCAUUUUCCCUCCUCUUACUCUUUUCUCCUUUUCUUUCCAGACAUGCCAAAUUACUCCGCUCAGCCAUAGAUGUGUCUUGCGGCUGUACUGCCUUUGCCUUCCCUCUUCCAGAUGCUGACAGACUCUGACCCAGUGGACAGAGAGAAACAGCUCUUCUCCUAUCUUUAUGGAAAUUGAAUGGGGAAUGAAUAGCAGAAGAGAAGAAAGAGCAAAGUUGCUUAUUUUUCUGGCACAUGGAUGCAAUUACACGGAGCACAUUCCAGAGGCGUUACUUUGAAUUCUGAGCAGGUCUGCAUGCCAUUUCUGAGUGGAAAGAAGUAAAAAAGGGAAGAAAAGUCUCUCACACAGAGACGGAAUGUCUGCACUUUCCUUCCUGUUUUUAGGUCUGCUUGGCAGCAUCAUUCCCACAUGGAUGAGAAGAGAUAUCUGUCAGUGAAGCAACCCUUCCAUCACAUCUCUAAUCCAUCCUCCAGGGAGACAGCAUACCUGCAUCCUGUUCUACAUGGAUGUCACAGGCUCAGACAGAAUUUAAGAGGGUGGCUGAAGCAAACGUUACUCUGCCCUGUCAUCAUCGACUGUACCUCCCAGAGCCAACAAGCCUAGACAUAGAAUGGUUGCUAAAGGAUUCCGAAGCUGACCCCAAAGUGGUGAUAACUUACUCGGGAGGCAACAUCUACACUGGCACAAAUGAAGAACAAAAGGGUCGUGUUUCAUUUGCCUCCAAUUACCUGAGUGGAGAUGCCUCUUUGGAGAUUUCUUUCCUGCAGCCAAGCGAUGCUGGGCAAUACACAUGCAAAGUUAAAAAUGCCGGGCAGUAUGAGUGGACCCAUAUCACCCUGAAGGUUCUGGAGAAACCUUCCAAACCCAAAUGCUGGCAAGAAGGAGAGAUGUCUGAAGGAAGGGAAAUCAGUUUACACUGCAAUACAGUCUCUGGCACUAAACCCAUAAUGUACAUAUGGCAGCGUAUAGAUGAGGACGGAAAAGUUGGGUCCUUGCCACCCAUAGCACAUAUCAAUUUUUCCAAUCCUGCACAAAUUCUGAUGAAGAAUCUCACAACAAUGGCAACAGGGUUGUACCAGUGUACUGCCUCUAAUGAAGCAGGACAAAACAGUUGUGAUGUAAAAGUGACUGUGCAGUAUGCACGAAAUUUUGGCAUAGUUGCUGGAGCAGCUUGUGGAGUCAUGGGAGGGCCCUCCCUAGUUUUCUUGGCUGUGUGGCUGACAAUCAAGAGGAAAGAGAAGAAGAAAUACGAAGAAGAGACCCCAAAUGAAAUCAGAGAAGAUGCAGAGGCACCAAAAGCCCGAUUAGUCAAGCCUGGCUCUUCCUCUUCUGGCUCCAGAAGUUCACAUUCUGGUUCUUCCUCAACUAGAUCAACAGCAAACAGUGCCUCCCGCAGCCAACAGACAUUAUCAACGGAGGCAACCCCUCAUAUAACUCCGACACAACACAGCCAGGUGGAAAUAGGUGGCAGGGAAAUUGAGCCAAAGAAAAUUAAUCACUCCAAUUUGAUGAAGAUAGAAGCCACACCAACCAUGGUGCCUGCUCAGAGUCGGGCUUUCCAGACAGUUUGAUUGCUCCCCACCUAUUCAGGCUCCAGCUACGUCCAUCACACACACACACAACCAGCAUUACAUGAUUAGGUUGUUUACUUUCCAAGGCAACUCCAUACACACACACUCACACACUACAUAAUAAAACCCAUCACUCAAGUGUUUUCUGCUACAGAUAGACUUGAAAAGAGAAUUUAUGUUAACUAACUUUUAUUUUGCUUUUGUGAUUAAUUCUUAAAGGAAGAAAAGGGAAUGUUGAAGUUGCAGAAGUCAAAUGGUGGAAUCUUGAACCAUUUUUUAAAAAAUAAAUAAUUUUAAAAAGAGACAUAAAAAUCCCAAUAGAACUCUGAAGAGGAAAUUUCUAUUGUACAGUUUAUGAAAUGUAUACAUAAACCAAUAUCUUCUCAGUUGCGGCACCAGUUUUCGCUGCAGUUAUUCCUAUCAACUUCAAAAGGGAACUGACAGCUGCUCUGCAUGUAGCCUUUUGCUGAAUUACCUACGGUAGGAAGCUACACCAUCAACAAAACAGAAAUGACUUGAAAAAGAACUCAGAAACAGCGUUGAAGUGUUCACUGGAAAGACCUUCUCUGAACAUGGAAGUGCAUUAAUUUAGGAAGGUAUGUGUUACUAAAAGAAUAUAGACAAUAGCCUACUGUGACCAAACUCAAAUGUCAACUGUACCUUCAUAAAUCUGAAGCAAUUCCAUAGAAGUCAAGAGAAUUAGAUUCCAGUGGAUGAUUAUAAGAUCAGAAAAAUCCUGAAUUCCCCUUGCAAGUUUAAAAAGAUUCUCUUAUUUCUGAUGGAAAUAUUGUUGCUUUUAAAAAAAUCCAGAAUACAAUGGGUAGUGUGAUUAGGAAAGAUUUCUAGGUAAUGUUUUGGGAAAUCUUGUGGCAAAUAUUUGUGAAAGAAGCACUCCAACAUCCAAAUUUUUAAGGUAAAAGCCAAUGAAAGGAAGUUUGUUUAUACAAUGCAACCAAUACCAUAGAAAUCCACAGCUGCUUUUAAGAAUGUAUUAAGACUUUCCAAAGUAAGAAAACACUUGUAUUAAUACCACUACUAUCUCAUGAUAUUAAAGAUAUGUGUGGCCAGUCUGAUUUAAAAUGUCAAUACUGUAACUGAUUGUUUUAAAGUCUAAAUUAUGUCAUGGGAACUAUCUCACCACAUUCAUUGAGAAGAUAGUGGUAGAACCACUAGCCUUGUACAGUAAGGCCCCACUUUACAGCGCUUCGCUAAUGUGGCCGUCUCAAUUAGACUAAAGCCCCACUCAUACGGCGCUUGUUCUGCUUUUACGGCGGCUUUCGGGCAUCACACACCAUUCUAUUCAAUGAGUUCCGCUUUUCAGCAGUUUUGCUUUUUGGCGGGGGUCCGGACGUAACCCGCCAUAUGAGUGGGGCCCUACUGUACAGUACAAGAAUGAUUCCCAAAUAGUUGCUUAGAAUGCACCAGUGGAUGAUAGAUUGGAAAUAUAUUAGCAAUGAAUGUUAGAGACAAGAGAAGGGGGUUAAGGAAAAGUUUCUUAAAGGAAAUCAGAGCGGAGCUUUCUUCCAGUCAGAGGAAAACAUUUAUUUUGGGGUCUCUGUAACAAACAGGAAUUAUUUGCAGCAAGCUCCAAUGUGAUUAAAAUCAGCUCUAUGGAUACUAAGGGUUGUAUCUGAUGUUAGUCCUAUUCACCCAUUGAAAAUAAUGGACAUGAAUAACAGAUUCGUUAAUUUGAGUGAGUCAGGAUGCAACCCUAACUGUACAGCCCUUAUUCAGAAGGAAGUCCCACCAUGUUGAACAGGUUUACUCCUAGUAAGUGUUUCAGAUUGCAGCUUAAGGGUGCAAUUCCAAACAAACUUACUAGUGAGUGAAGCCCACUGAACAUACCAGGACUUACUUCCAAGUACGGUAAACAUGCAUAGGGUUGCACUGUUAAUUUUCUCCCUCAACUAAGGAAGCUACUUUCCCCCUUCUUCAAAAUUAGCCUCCUGUAUGCAGUUCAUAAUAAAUUUGUAUGAUGCACAUUCUUAACAUGAAGAAAAUCAAAUAUAAGCUUUAAAGACCAUUGAAAUGUUUAAUCAAUGCACUGGACUGAAUUAUCACAGAGAUUAUGGCAGGAUGGUCAAAAUAUUAUGAAUUUAUCACAACCUGUUUUUAUGAAACCAAGAAGCUAUUUAGAUCGUAUUAGUCAUUAUUUAUUGACCCAAGUACAGAAAUAGAUUAAUUGCAAGAGUUCACCACAAAAUAGGGGGCACUGAAACAGUGAUAUGAGACACAAAAUUUUCCAGUGGAAAUUUUUCCAUUUCAUUAGCUUAGUAGUAACAAUGAACUGAUGCCAAUUGCAAAUACAGUAUUAGAUACAUUUGGUAGUUUUAAGGUUUUUAGCUUUAUUUAUUGGAGAACCAGUGUGGUGUAGUGGUUAAGGUGUUGGACUACGACCUGGGAGACCAGGGUUCGAAUCUCCACACAGCCAUGAAGCCCACUGGGUGACCUAGGGCUAGUCACUGCCUCUCAUCCUCAGAGGAAGGCAAUGGUAAACCCCCUCUAAAUACCGCUUACCAUGAAAACCCUAUUCAUAGGGUCGCCCAUAAGUUGGAAUCAACUUGAAGGCAGUCCAUUUCCAUUUCAGCUUUAUUUAUUAAAUACAAGUAAAAUAAACAUGCUAAAUUAUACAACUCUCUGGGCAUCAGAAGUUUCCAAUGGAAACUUAAUUUUUUUUCAGAAGCAAAGUACCCUAUUCAAAUUACUCUAAUUUGCAAAGGAAAACCCAUAUCACUGUUUUCAAUAGGCUGAGAUGUAUCUAUAUGGUAUGUGUGCACUUUGAGCCUUAACUUGAUAUUAGGUUCACAAGCCAAAACCUGCAAUUUCUUUGAUGGUUAAGUACAAGCUAUGGAUUCUAUUAUCUUAGAGAGUCAUCAAUGACAUCAUAGGUUAAAAUUAACCUAAGUGAAGAUAUUAAGAAGGGAGAAAAGAUAUAAAUAAAGGUGGAGGAAAUUAUUGCAGAAAACCAAGCAUUUCAUGUUAAAAGGAAAUGUUAAGUGCACUGUCUUUUGAAGUAGACAUGGUACUAAACACUAUUUCAGAAGGGAAACUACACUCAUGUUAUGAGAAACCAAACUUUAUUUUGUAAAAUAUUCUAUUUAAAGCAUUUACUCUUAUCAUGUAUACUAAUUAUUAUUUAGCGUGGGUGCAUAAUUCUUCUCUAGUUUUCUUUUAAUUCUAGGUAAACCAAGGUAACUUCUCUUCUACCUGCUAUUAUUGGUGUAUUUGUGCUCAGAGCGAGCAACACAAAGGGAAACAAAUAUUUAUUAUAGAUUCCUUUGAAUCAACAAUUUAGU